AUGAUCAACCACCUUGAAGGAAAGCUAGAGCGACUGGAAACCCAUCUGAACAGCAUCUUCAAUGUGGGAGACACCAGCCCUGUGCCGGACACGCCUCCUGGUGAUAACGGUUCGUCGGCUUCGGCAAGCAACAACCCCAGACAAGAUACCUCGAAUAAUCAAAACAUGGAGGGCAUGUCGAGCCAGACAGCGCCAGUACUCGAUCGCUCGGACUUGAAUACCCUUAUCAACACUAUGCAGACUCGGGUCGUAUCAGGCUUGCAUCAAGAGACGCGUCCAUGCUUCUACAUCCCGAGGUGUAUGAGCGGUACAGGGUCAGGAUGUUUCUCUGUGCUGACUGAUGAGGGCUUGGAUUGGAUAUCGCAAAAGGUGGAUUCGAGUCAGAUUGAUCCUCUCCUGGGUAAUUUGACUUCCGAUCCCCAGCUGAGUUCUCUGUUGCCACCCAGGAAGGUAUUCUGCUCGUUUCCGCGAGCAGAACCCCUAUCCCAACUUCUUCACAACUACAUGGAAUACUUUAACAUAACGUUCCCGGUAUACACUCUGUCCGAGAUUGAAUGUCUUUUUGCCGAGAAUUACGCAGAUCCGCGGUUAUGCAGCCCGGGUCAGUCGGCCAGCAUUCAUGUCAUCCUAGCUGUCGCAUAUAUGCUUCCGUCUGAGAACAGUCGACCGGACCACCAGCGAAGCGCAAUGUUCAUGAAGAGUGCUUUGCAGACAAUCAGCGAGAUAGUUCUAGCCCCACCUGAAUUGUGGGCUUGCAAAGCCAUUUUGGUGAUGGCUGUCCUUUUCUUGGCAGCAUCUGCCGCUCAUCCUUGCAGUUCUCUGAUCUCUGUUGCGGUCCAGAUCAGCAAUCAACUAGGGCUGCAACGAUCUGAAGCCCGGCCUGGACUGUCGAUGGACGACGUGCACCACCAGCACUUGCUCUUCUGGUUGAUCUGUGCUAUCGAUACUGAAAUAUCCUACCGAUUUGGGGUUCCUCCCGCACAACAACAAGACGUUCUUGGGGAGGCAAUGUCCAUCAAUUCUCCCUCCAGUGCCUAUAGCGUACCAAUCAGGGACGAAUCGGGCACCUUCAAUCUUUUCCAUUCCGCCAUCGAGCUUAUACAGAUUAGAACCCAGGUCAUCAGACAGUUGUACCUUGCUUCGGUGGCCAAUAAGCCUUUUGACCAGUUACUUGCUGUUGCUGGGAACUUUGACAGCAAGCUGCAAACAUGGUUGAGAAAAAUCCCCCACGAAUAUCAGCCUGACUCAGAGGCAAUCCCACCGUUCCGACAAUCACCAGCCCUUUCGACUCUGUUGUUUACUCAUUAUAAUUAUCACGACUGCAUGAUUGCGAUCCACUCCUUGGUUGCCAUGAGGGGAGUAGAGUCUGCCCACGACCUUACCGGCGGCAACAGGCUCUCCAUCGCACCAGAGUAUUCGAAAAAUCCUCGGGUCUUGUUAUCCACAUCGCUAGCAUCCAAAGCCGCAAGAGCAUCUCUUACAUUAUUGAAGUAUUUACCGCGGGACGAUAUACACCUAGGGAUCGCAUACUACUACCCUUCCGUUGCGAUGAAAACGCUUGCUUCCAGCAUUAUACGCAGCCCUAGACAUACCUCAGAGAUAUAUAACCUGAAGAUGCUCUACCAGGCCGAGUCAUAUCUAUCCCAGACGGCUACCGACUGUACGCUCGAAGCGAUAAGACGUUUAGCCAAGGUCUGUACCGACUGCUGCGCGGUCGCUCAACGAGCCAUGGACUCUGCAUAA